AUGGUUGGCGAGAGUUCCGGCGAUGACGACGGGCAGCACCAGCAGCGAGGGCUUUCACCUGUGGAAAGGGGUCUGCAGCGUCCGUUGAACCUCCCCGCUCCCAUCCCUUUCCUUUUUCCCAGCACACCGGGUGGACCCCUGGUGUAUGAACCCCCGCCACCACCACCCCCGCCACCACCACCAGCUCAACGACCCCGCCCGCAGACACACGCCAGCACGAAGGUUUCCCUUCACCAAAUCCAAAAUCACAAUCAAGUCCAAAGGGAGCGCCUGACAACGUUCAUCGCCGAUGUUCAUGUCCUUGCGCGCCACACCACCUUCUUUAUCAAGUACUACCUUGCUGAUCAUCCUCUACACGAUUUCCCGGACAUCACCGACAAGCACAUCAGUGUGAUGUUUGAGCUGCUCAACAAUCCAGGCUACAAUGGCAAUCCGCUCAUCGCGCAAGAGUUGCGUCCAUGGGUUCAAGACUACUGUAAUGUUCAGGGAUUCGUCCCCAUCCGCAUGCGAAAUUGCCAACAGAUCGCAGCGUACACGGCUACAAGCAUCCUCACAAACCUCAAAGUCAACGUACAAGAGCAUUUCAUGCAAAUGUUUCUGCGCUACGUCAAUAAAAGGCUUGGUUUGAAGCAAGUGGUACUGCAUCUCCGUGCCGGAGUCAACCGAGCGCAGCAGCGACGCUAUUAUCAGCGUGUCCGUCAGUUUACAAAGUAUGCGACAUUUGAAGAGUUUCCAACCGAAGAGGAGUUUGCCCGCCUCACACGACUUGAGCGGACUGUCCUUGACGAGUUAUGGGCUCUGUGUUAA